AUGAUUAAUGCUUUCCAUCCAGUAAUUGUUAAUAGGCCGGAUGAUCAGGUGAUAUUAAAUGGUGCUCUGGAAAGGUUACAUAUGCCAAAUGAAUUGGCAGAACUAAUUGUAGCCAAUAUGAUUAACAGAUACCGGGCCCAGUUCACUAGAAUUGACGCACAACUUCCAGAAUUAGAAAUAUUUGCUGUAAUGACCAUGUUUGAUCUCAAAAUUUUUGAAUUGGGGAUAUACCAAAUUAAGCAGGCAAGAAGCUAA